AUGAUGGAUUUUAGUGAUCUGCUGGAACAAUUUGAUCAGAUGCUCUAUUCAUCAAGUAUCUAUCGAUUUUUAUAUUCAAUCUAUGAUUAUGUAGGGCGACCACAGAAAAAGUUUUUUGUCUUUUCCUUUUCUGGAGUAUCUGCAGAAGGAUAUAAGGAAAUUGCUAAACUGCUCUAUGAAUCAAAUCACAUCACAGAUGAACAUUCUCCGAUAAAAGAAGAAUCUCGAAUCUAUAAAACAGAAUUUAAAAAUUUCUUUAUUGAAGAUCGAGAUGUUUCCAAAUAUACUCAUAUUAAAUACUUGUAUCCGAAUUAUAUUAAAGGAGGAGAUGCACUUGUGAUUUGGAUUAGAAUUCAUUCAUUGUGGCCACAAACUGUUGAACAAGUAUUCGAUGGCUAUAUGUUUUCAUUGAAAGACAUGAUAAAACGUGCAAAAUGUGAUGAUAGUGUGGAAAGGCAAAAUGAUUAUUUUUUCAUUCCUCCUGAAAAGAAGAAGAAUUUUCGACCUAUUUUAUUUGUUAUUUAUUCGGAUCACAGAACCAAUGACCAUAUAGUACGUGCAUUGGAGGCUAAACAAUUUGUGGAGAAGUUUAUGGAGCAAGAAUAUGAGAAGGAGAAUACGAUGGUGGUGCUACAUUCGGAUAAUGAGAGUAAUUUGUAUGAAGGAUUGGAAUGGAUUUUCUGUAAAAAAUCUGGUUAG